AUGAGGCACAUAUCUGUUUGCUCAUACCCAGUUCAGUGAUUCAUGAAUGUCCUACCAGUUCUGUAACGGUUCCCUUAUUCAUACAUUUCAAACCUACACGUCACCUAUUGGCAAAAUAUGGCUGUAAUUGAAAUCCAACGUGUAGGGUGUGAGCUAUAUGGAAGCUUCUGGAGCUCUCAGACCACAUGUUUUAAACUUCGCGACGUUUACUUGGUUUCCCAGUGAAUAUAAUUUUAGUGACAGUUAGUUGGCGCUUUUGGCAAGAAUGUAAUGGCCAUUAGAGGCACAUUAGUAGCCACUGAGGAGAAAAGGCGGUAGAUUGGAAACGAUAGAUGCUUCACUGAUGGGGAGGAGAGAUAGAGUGGGUGUGAGGAGGCGUUGAAACAUUUUAAGAAAAGUUGCACGUGUUUUGGUUUAUUUUUCAUCAUUCGCCCUGAUGGAUUUAUCAUAAUUUUGUCAUUUUUCUGCUAUCGGAUCUGUGCUACAUUUCAAUUAACGGGAGAUGGGUUUAAACGAACUUAACAAAUACAAAUAAUAUGAACUUGCAGGAUACUGGUCUGUUUUGAUAAUAAUGAAUCAUAAUGAAGGAAGAGAAUCGUUUUAUCGUAUGCAUGAUUCCCAGAUUCCUCCAGCAUGGAUGGACCCGGAGAACUCAACGGCUUUUCACACAAGUUCGAAUCUCACCGAGGAGACAUCUAGCCCAAGUCUUGAUGUAAUUACAUCUAAUCCAGAUCUUCAGUGGCUUCUGCAGUCCUCUCUACUUUCCCAAUCAGAGACCACAUUGGGAACAUUUUGUUCAUUCAUACCCAGCACCACCAUGCCUAACUGCCCCUGUUUGCCACAGUGCUCCAGUCCUGACCAGUCCUAUAACGGAGCAGUGGGGGACAGUGCUGUAGGACAUACUAAUAAGCAUAUGUCCUCUGAGGAACUUGACAGGAUAAGGAUCCGCAGGGAAAGGAACAGAGUAGCAGCUGCCAGAUGUCGGGAUCGCCGUCGGAUACUUAUAGACACAUUACAGAAUGAGACGGAUCAUUUGGAACACGUGAAGACACAACUGGAAGAAGAGAUCGCUGCACUUGAAAGGGAGAGAGAAAGACUAGAGUUGGUUUUUGAGGCACAUAUGCCCAUCUGCAAGUUAAAUGACCCAAACCCAGAAUAAACACUGAUGCUGGUCAUGUUUAGUGCUGAGUCUGCUGGUUCAGAUCAGCUGUGUAUUUUAUAACGUAAUAGGCUUAUUUGUUAAAGAAAGCGAAAUGUUAAAUAUAUUUCAGUGAUACAGGUAC